GUGACUUUUGAAUUUACUUCCCUCUUCAAUCAAAAUGAAUAUUUUUAACCGAGAUUUCUUUGCCAAAUGAGGGGCGGACAUCCGUGUUUAAUUGUUCUCGCGGCCGUUUCCACAGCCGUGUGUCCUCUGAGUUGUCAAAAUGUGAGCUCGGCUGAGACCCGGACGAAGUUAAAUGGCUCCGCGGCGGAUUUCGACUCGUUCAGGAAACAGUUUCACCGCAAGUUUGAAGUCGAAAGCGAGGAGUUUAACCGCCGCCUCCUCUAUUUUCAGAAUGCUACAAAGCGACACGCACACCUGAGCUCAUUCUCCACAGACCCACAGUCUGCCAAGUAUGGCAUCAACCGGUUCUCCGACCUCUCACAGAAGGAAUUCAGAGAUCUCUACCUGCGAGCGAGCGCUGACAGAGCUCCUGUCUUCUCUGGACUGAAGACAGAGGGGCUCCCAGCCAGAUUUGACUGGAGGGACAAAGCAGUGGUGGCACCGGUCCAGAGCCAAGAGGCGUGCGGGAGUUGUUGGGCGUUUAGUGUGGUCGGAGCCACGCAGUCCGUCCAUGCUAUAGGAGGCUCACAGCUGGAGCGGCUCAGUGUGCAGCAGGUUCUGGACUGCUCCUACCAAAACGCAGGCUGCAGUGGAGGCUCUGUAUCCAGGACCCUGAAAUGGUUAAAGCAAACCAGAAUGAAAUUGGUUCCUCACUCAGAGUAUCCCUACAAGGCCAAGACGGGAAUCUGCCAUUUUUUCUCUCAGUCACAUGGCGGUGUUUCUGUGAAGAAUUUUACUGCACAUGAUUUCAGUGGUCAAGAGGAGGCGAUGAUGGGUCAGCUGGUGGAGCGCGGCCCCUUGGCUGCUGUCGUGGAUGCUGUCAGCUGGCAGGAUUACCUGGGUGGAAUCAUCCAGCACCACUGCUCCAGCCAAUGGUCAAACCACGCUGUCCUGGUUGUUGGAUACAACACUAUUGGGGAUGUACCAUACUGGAUUGUGCAGAACUCCUGGGGAACCUCGUGGGGCGAUGAGGGUUAUGUUUAUAUAAAAAUUGGUGGAAACGUUUGUGGUAUUGCAGAUUCUGUGGCGGCAGUUAUCCUUUAACAAGAUUGUGUUCAUCGCAACCAAAACUAAAUCAGUUUACUUUAAGUGUCACUUUAAAUAAUGUUUUUUUAUUGAAAUGUCACCAUGUUACAUCACCAAAACAAAAUAAAUCACUUUAUAUGCUGAUAAGUCUUGGAUCAUACCUGAGCAAUCAACAUGCACAACACUGCAAAAAUAAAACAAGAAUACAUGCACUGUACAAAAAAAACUUAUCUUAGCAAAUACAUAAGGUAGAUACAUGUUUUGGGUGAUAUGGCCCUUACAUUUAUGUAUACAGAGAUCAACCACUGCAUAAAUACACAACAAAAUUGAUGUAAUACCAUAGAGCAUACUAUACAAAACACAUUAUUACACAACUACAUUAUUAACAUUAUGUACAGAUAUAUUGUGCUGUGCAAAUUGUUACUACUGUCGCUACUUUAGAUGUUGACAUUGAUUGUUGAUAAAGAGGUUUAUUGUCAUUUAUAUAUACACCUUUAUAUAUCCUCUAGUCUGAAAUGGUUCCCUCUUGGACUGCUUCCUCAUGCUGACAUUAAAGAUAACGCGUUAGUAAAAAAAAACCCAUCGGCGCCACCGGUUUGAUCACUGCUUAUUGAUCCAUUUGCUUUCAGGUCAGUCGCAGUGAAUUUACAUAAUUGUAUUGAGAAAACAUCUAAGCAAAUUUUAUCAAGGAGCCAUCUGCUGUACUUUGUGGCCGGUCAAGAUUAGAAAUGAGGGUAAAAUAGUCUAAUUUGGCCAUUUGAAUUAUUCAGGGUCACAAGUCUCUGGUGUGUGAACCUCGGCGCUGCAGCCUUAUGUAACUAAUGAACCGGCAAUUUGCUGUUCUUUUCUUUGUUAACAUAAUUGUGGGAUAUCUGGUCUGCUUUUAGUGUCCCAGUGAGAUGAAAAGAGAUAUUUGUCACCUUGCGUGACAUUAAAAUGAACACAAUAUGUUAUUAUAAUAAUAUUACCAUCAUGGUAUCAAAUGUUUCUCCCUAAUGGAUAUUCUGGUGGUUUAGAUAGUCAAACGGGUCAAAUGACCCCUCCAUGUGCUGCGUUUCACUCAAUCUUUUUUUAACUAGAAAAAAACUCACCAAAUUAAA